AUGAAACCACCUGUACUAGAGCACCCUCAGAGAGGAGAGAGAGUGCCUCCAGCGCUCACUGCGGGCCAUCAAGCACCCGUGGAGAGUGCCAGGGGGGCCCACUCUCACCAGCCGGCGCCCCACUCUCACCAGCCGGGGCCCCACUCUCACCAGCCGGGGCCCCACUCUCACCAGCCGGGGCCCCACUCUCACCAGCCGGGGCCCCACUCUCACCAGCCGGGGCCCCACUCUCACCAGCCGGGGCCCCACUCUCACCAGCCGGGGCCCCACUCUCACCAGCCGGGGCCCCACUCUCACCAGCCGGGGCCCCACUCUCACCAGCCGGGGCCCCACUCUCACCAGCCGGGGCCCCACUCUCACCAGCCGGGGCCCCACUCUCACCAGCCGGGGCCCCACUCUCACCAGCCGGGGCCCCACUCUCACCAGCCGGGGCCCCACUCUCACCAGCCGGGGCCCCACUCUGCUUAUCUCCUGCAUAAACAGGUACACGAGUUUCACCCUGAGUCUCCAGUUACCUUCCUCUUUGUAGCCAACCAGCGGAUCCUCUCAGAGUAG